AGCCAGCCAGCUUAACAGCAAGUUGGCUAGCCAAGAAGAAAAACGAAAGACUUCAAUUCAGUUUGGCGAAGACAACGAACUCGAUUAGAGCUGUGCGCCGCUAACGUGGAAAUGGAUUGUGUUUAAUACCAGUGGGUUAUAGCGUUUAAGCGAAUUCAAAGACUCUGUGGCAACCAAACGUAAUGGACAAAGGAAAAAUCCCAAAAGUUUGACUUGAAGACGGCUCAAGAAGUGUGUUUGGCAAACUUUUGGCAAAGUGAAAGGGGCGUUGUGCUCAAUUAAAAUAUAUUUACAUAUGUAUGUACAUAUGUAAUUCGGGAGUGAAUUAUAAAGUGAAGAAGCAGUGAAUCGAAAGAAAUCGAGUUAUUUUCAAUUGGAAAGUUUAAAAAUAACAAAAUUGCAUUGAAACUCGAUUACUUCUGAGACGUGUAUUGUGUUGCGUUUCGGUUUGCAGUGCAAAAAAUAUAAAUUUGCGUAGGCGAAAAACACAUUGUCUACACAUACAUACAUAUGCACAGCUUUGUAUAGGUUUGGAAUUACAUAUAUGUAUGAAGUGACGACAGCACAGCCGACUUUAGAGCGAGCGCUCACAACUCAUAUCGAAAGCACAACAAAAGCAAAUUAAAGGUACAUUGAUAAAGGAAUAUAAUUAUAAACACAACAGCAUAGACCACAACAACAAUACUUUUGUAUCCCAUUUGUGCAGCCGUGGGAGAUGUCUGCCGUAAGACAUCGGCCCCUGGGACCGCCAGGCAAUGGCGGCGAUAGCGAUGACAAUUUUACUGACGAUGAGAGCACACCAUUAACGCAAGAUAUUUAUGGCGGAAGCCAACGCACAAUACAAGAAACAAAAGGCUGGGAUGUGUUCCGUGAUCCGCCGAUCAAGGUAGAAACCGGUUCGACAGCAAAUCAGGAAUGCCUGGAACUCACAGUGAAGAUAUUGAAAAUCUUCGCAUACAUAUUCACAUUCAUAAUAGUCUUAACGGGUGGGGUCAUGGCGAAGGGCUGUGUACUAUUUAUGACAUCACAAAUACGUAGAGAUAAGAAAAUAGAGUACUGCAAUAAAGAUUUGGGUCGCGAUAAAACCUUCGUCGUCAAAUUGCCCGAAGAGGAGCGUAUAGCAUGGAUUUGGGCCUUGUUAAUUGCAUAUGCGAUACCCGAGUUUGGUUCUUUCAUACGCUCCGCACGUAUCUGUUUCUUCAAAACGUUUCGUGUACCAAAAACUGGGCACUUUCUUUUUGUCACGCUCAUGGAGAGUCUCAGCUGUUUUGGCACUGCUUUACUUAUGUUCGUGGUGCUGCCACAAAUUGAUGCCAUACAAGGCGCCAUGUUGACCAAUUGCUUGUGCGUAAUACCCGGCAUACUUGGUCUACUGUCACGCAAUGCGAAAGAAGGUAAACGCGCCGUGAAAGUAAUCAUCGAUUUGGCUGCAAUUGCGGCACAAGUAACAGGAUUCGUUAUAUGGCCGCUACUUGAGAAUCGUCCAGAAUUGUGGGUCAUACCAAUCGCUUGUGUGAUGAUCUCUUGUGGUUGGUGGGAAAAUUAUGUCUCACCACAAUCGCCGAUCGGUUUGGUACGUUCGAUGGGGCGUGUAAAGGAGGAAAUGAGAACGACACGUUAUUUCAAUCACAUGUUCAUUUCCUUGUGGAAGAUUGUAUUGUUUCUCUGUUUGACCUUGCUAAUCAUUUGGUCACAAGGCGAUGAGCCAGUUAACUUAUUCAGCAUGUUUGGUGACGGCUUGGGGCCGCAUAAGAUAUCAGUAGACGAAUUGGCUACAAGUUUGACUGGAAAUUUGCCGGAUACAUUAGAUGCAGCCAACAUAGACAGCGUAGAGAUUGAUGCGGCAUACAACACGGUUAUUUAUGUGCUGCUGAUACAGAUUUUCGGCGCUUACCUCUGCUAUAUUUUCGGAAAAUUUGCUUGUAAAAUUCUCAUACAAGGCUUCAGUUAUGCCUUCCCUGUCAGUUUGACAAUACCAAUAACUGUAUCUUUGCUAAUCGCCGCAUGUGGUUUGCGCAUAGACGAUCCUUGUUUCUUCCACGACACCAUACCGGACUAUUUGUUUUUCUCGAGUCCACGCAACUUUCGGUUUAACGACUUUGUUACACAACAAAUGGCUUGGGCGUGGAUAUUGUGGUUGCUUAGUCAAACUUGGAUUGCAUUACACAUUUGGACACCGAAGUGUGAACGUCUGGCGACAACAGAAAAAUUAUUCGUUCGUCCGAUGUAUUCGGCACUAUUAAUUGACCAAUCUAUGGCCAUGAAUAGGCGUCGCGAUGACCAGGCUGACGUAAAGACAGAGGAUUUAUCGGAAAUCGAGAAGGAAAAAGGCGACGAAUACUACGAAACCAUUUCCGUGCACACCGAUGGCUCAGCCAUGCAAAAUAAGCCGAGUAUAAAGUCUUCAGAUCACAUUACGCGCAUCUAUGCUUGCGCUACUAUGUGGCAUGAAACUAAAGACGAAAUGAUGGAGUUCUUGAAGAGUAUUAUGCGCAUGGAUGAGGAUCAAUGUGCGCGUCGAGUCGCUCAAAAAUAUCUACGUAUCGUCGAUCCGGACUACUAUGAGUUUGAAACACACACUUUCUUCGAUGACGCAUUCGAAAUUUCCGAUCACAGUGACGACGACAUACAGGUCAAUCGGUUUGUGAAACUACUGGUGGCUACAAUGGAUGAUGCUGCAUCCGAAAUUCAUCAGACCACCAUACGUUUGCGACCACCCAAAAAAUACCCAACACCCUAUGGUGGUCGUUUGGUAUGGACUUUGCCUGGUAAGACCAAGUUCAUAACGCAUCUCAAGGACAAGGAUCGUAUUCGUCAUCGUAAACGUUGGUCACAAGUCAUGUACAUGUACUAUUUACUGGGUCAUCGUCUCAUAGAAUUGCCCAUAUCGGCUGAUCGUAAAGAUGAGAUUGCACAGAACACUUAUUUGCUGACAUUGGAUGGCGAUAUCGAUUUCAAACCAAACGCUGUAACAUUACUUAUCGAUUUGAUGAAGAAGAAUCGUAACUUAGGUGCCGCAUGUGGCCGUAUUCAUCCAGUAGGCUCGGGUCCCAUGGUAUGGUAUCAACUAUUCGAAUAUGCCAUUGGUCAUUGGCUACAAAAGGCCACCGAACAUAUGAUCGGCUGUGUGCUUUGUAGUCCCGGUUGUUUCUCCCUCUUCCGUGGUAAAGCGCUCAUGGAUGACAAUGUUAUGAAAAAGUAUACCACACGUUCGGAUCAAGCACGUCAUUACGUGCAAUACGAUCAGGGUGAAGAUCGUUGGCUUUGUACCCUAUUGCUUCAACGUGGUUAUCGUGUCGAAUACUCAGCUGCUUCUGAUGCUUACACUCACUGUCCGGAAGGUUUUAAUGAGUUCUACAAUCAACGUCGUCGCUGGGUGCCAUCAACCAUUGCCAACAUUAUGGAUCUGUUAGGUGAUGCUAAACGUACUAUAAAGAUUAAUGACAACAUUUCACUGCUGUAUAUCUUCUAUCAAAUGAUGUUGAUCGGUGGUACUAUACUCGGUCCCGGAACGAUCUUUCUUAUGUUGGUGGGUGCUUUUGUGGCCGCUUUUCGUAUCGACAAUUGGACUUCCUUCCAUUACAAUAUCGUGCCGAUUCUAUUAUUCAUGUUAGUCUGUUUCACAUGCAAAUCAAAUAUACAGUUAUUCGUGGCGCAAGUGUUUUCUACGGCGUAUGCACUGAUUAUGAUGGCAGUAAUUGUGGGAACCGCUUUGCAAUUAGGCGAGGACGGCAUCGGCUCGCCAUCGGCUAUAUUCUUAAUGGCAAUGACGACCUCAUUUUGGAUAGCGGCCUGUUUGCAUCCGCAGGAGUUUUGGUGCAUUACGGCCGGUCUCAUCUAUUUACUCUCUAUACCGUCUAUGUACCUUUUGCUUAUUCUCUAUUCGAUCAUCAAUCUGAAUGUGGUCUCAUGGGGUACACGUGAAGUGGUCGCUAAGAAAACGAAAAAGGAAAUGGAGGCCGAAAAGAAAGCAGCUGAAGAGGCAGCAAAACGUGUGAAACAAAAGAGCAUGUUGAGUUUCCUGCAAAGUGGCGUUGGUGACAAUGGUGAUGAGGAAGGCUCCAUAGAAUUCUCUUUAGCCGGUUUAUUCCGUUGCAUAUUAUGUACGCAUGGCAAAACGACAGAGGAGAAGGCACAGCUCACUGCUAUUGCAGAAUCUUUAAAUACCAUUAAGACCAGAUUGGAGGCGUUAGAGCAUACCUUAGAUCCACAUGGACACUCGCGACACGCACGUAGACGUACAACAUCUAGCGGUUCGAAAGAUCAUCAUUUACUCUCUUCGGUUGCCGAAAAAUCUGGCGGCGAAUCGGAAGAAUCCGACUCGGAUACCUCAGCAGAACCACGACAAGAGCGCGAUUUCUUAACUAAUCCUUUCUGGAUUGAGGAUGCCGACUUGCGUAAGGGUGAAGUUGACUUUUUGUCAAGCACCGAAAUACAAUUUUGGAAAGAUAUGAUUGACAAAUAUCUAUUUCCUAUUGAUAACGAUCCAGUUGAACAGGCAAGAAUAGCUAAAGAUCUUAAAGAGCUGCGCGACUCUUCGGUGUUCGCAUUCUUCAUGUGUAAUGCUCUAUUCGUUUUAAUUGUGUUCUUGUUGCAAUUGAACAAGGACAACAUACACGUUAAAUGGCCAUUUGGUGUACGCACAAACAUAACCUACGAUGAAUCCACACAAGAGGUACACAUUUCAAAGGAAUAUCUACAAUUGGAGCCGAUCGGUUUGGUGUUCGUGUUCUUCUUUGCGCUCAUUUUGACUAUACAGUUUACGGCUAUGUUGUUCCAUCGUUUCGGCACCAUUUCGCAUAUACUCGCCUCAACUGAGUUGAAUUUCUGUAAGAAAAAGUCCGAGGAUACCUCACAGGAUGCACUCAUAGAUAAGCAUGCAGUGGAGAUCGUAAAAAAUUUACAACGUCUUCAAGGCAUAGAUGGCGAUUACGAUAAUGACUCUGGCAGUGGGCCCGAUCGCAUAGCGCGCCGUAGAACCAUACAGAAUUUGGAGAAAGCACGACAACCGCGCCGGCAAAUCGGCACUUUGGAUGUAGCGUUUAAGAAGCGUUUCCUCAAACUUACUGCGGACGAAAAUAAUCCAGCAACUCCAAUAUUGACGCGUCGCUUGACAAUGCGUGCGGAAACAAUACGUGCGCUGGAAGUGCGCAAGAACUCGGUUAUGGCGGAAAGACGAAAAUCAGCUAUGCAAACAUUGGGCGCUAAAAAUGAAUAUGGAAUUGCAACAACAGCAGCAGUGUUGAACAAUAAUGGCGUAAUACCCAAUCAACGUAGCGGACGCAUAUCCAAUGCCGGCAUUAGCAUCAAGGACGUGUUCAAUGCAAAUGGUGGACCAGGCGAGCAAAUCUACGGUUCAAAUGGUGGCGGCACCAUCAAUCAAGGCUACGAGCAUGUGCUUGAAGAUGACGACCGCAAUUCACUGCGACUGACCGCGCGUAAUCCCAAUCAACAAGUAUCAUGGGGACAGAAUAGCAGCAAUACAGGACGUUUGUAAAAGAGUUUACUGAUGCCCAGCGCCGGAAAUGAUGAUAUUAUUUUUUAUUUACUAUAUUUUUUUGUUUUUAUUUGGAAUACAUACGUUCGUUAAACAAAGGACUUUGUUAGUUAAUACGCAUACACGUACAUACUAUUAGAAUGUAAGCUCUUCUUUGCUGUUGUCCUUCCGCAAAAGUCCUACGUCCUACUACAAUACAACUUUUAAUUUUAGAAAUUAAAACAAAAAAAUCUUAAAUAAGCAACCAAUCAGUGUCACAAAGUCGAAUAGUAAGUCGUGCUCUCUCGAUGAAGGUUAUCUAUGUAUAAGGAAAACUACCAUUUCGUAAGAGAAUGAGAACCAAACACUAUUUUCGAUGAAUAUUGCAUAUAUGAUUUAUAAUAUUACAUUAUGUAAUGUAAAUUUCCUUAUAUUUUUUCUUUCGAAUAAUUUUUUCCUUUUUUUGUUUGAGCCUAAAAGACAUACAUGAAAAGCGAGACGCCACUGUAGCUGCUCAUAUCUUCACUAAAAUAAAAUAAUUAUUAAAUUUUUUUUUGGAUUUUAUUUGUUUUUGUAAAUUUCAUAUUUACUGCCAAAAAUAUGAUUUAACAUUUUUUUCCUAUUGCUUUCGUCGCCAAGAACCUUUUUGACUAGUUUUGUAGGUUAAAUAAUAUACAUAUGUAUGAAUAUGUAGUAAUGAAUGUCCAGUUCAUAUGCACUUUUGAGCAUAAUUAUUGUAAAUAUUACAACGAAUAUAUUUAGCUAAUCACACUGCCCGCUUACGUGAGAGACUUGUUGGUGAAUAUACUCGUAUGUAUGUACUUACGUACAGAUACACAAAAUAUUUCACCUGAUUUACUUGGUAAAUGGUUGAUUCGUAUCUGAUAAUUCAGUUACUUCAGUGCCAGCCUUUCGUAAAUCAGUAGUUUACUAGCGUAUAACGAAUAAUUUAGUCUACAUACUCGUAUACAUACAUAUAUAUAGAUUUGAUUUUAGUGAUUAUUAUAAUUUUUUUUAUA